CAUUAAUAAUAAAGAAAACACGGGUUUUAGAAUUAGGGCUUCUCUAGUUUUUCUCUUCUGAAUCCACUGCCAAAGCCACCGCGAGGGCGUGGACAGAAUCGGAGUACAACCAUAGCAGCAAUCACUGAAGUGUUGCUCUAUUCUGAGGCACAAUGAGAUUGGAAAAAUGCUGGUUUUGCUCUUCAACCGUAUAUCCUGGACAUGGAAUCCAGUUUGUUCGUAAUGAUGCAAAGAUUUUUCGGUUUUGUAGGUCAAAAUGCCACAAAAACUUCAAAAUGAAGAGAAAUCCCCGCAAGGUAAAAUGGACCAAGGCAUAUCGUAGAGUGCAUGGAAAGGAUAUGACACAGGAUUCGACCUUUGAGUUUGAGAGAAAGCGAAACAGGCCUGAAAGAUAUGACAGGAAUGUUGCGGAGAACGUCCUGAAGGCUAUUCCAAAGAUUGAUAAGAUCAGAGUCACCAGGGAGGAAAGACACCAUAAGAAUAGGAUGAAAGGCAAAAAGGAAAAGCUCAUGAAGGAGGCAGUGAGAGAGUUGGAACAGGGCAUCAGUUUGGUGAAAGCUCCUUCAGUGCUUCAACAGGAUCCUUCUCUCACUUUACCAAAGAUCAAGGUAAAGGUUUCUCAACAGCAAUCAGAGGAGAAUCAUGCCGCCAUGGAAGAGUAGUUUUAUCAAUGCUUCAUUUAGUUUUUAUGUGUUGUUAGAUUAGUUCUCCACAAGGUUCUGAUUACUAGUUUCCUUGUGAUUUUGAUACAAUAUUUUUAUAAAGUUAUGGUGUGUAAGUGUCUUAGACGAAGGUAUUAUAAGAUAACAUUUUUGAUUAAUGAUCUGCAGUUGGAAAAUCAA